AUGCAAACAGCAGCCAGGAAUCCGUUGAAAUUUGUUUCUUACCUUGAAAAACAUCGAAUCUACGAACUAUUUCAGGAACUAAGUACGAUGCUGGUGAUAAAAAAACCCGAGGAUCACCUACUCUUUUUGAAACAAAGUCUACAUCACGCAGCUCGAAGACUCGACGUGCCAAGAAUCAUCAUCCUGUCCCAGCCAGGAUGUGACAAAUUACAACUGGCCGGCACGUUGCGAGAACAAUUGCAAAUACCUUUGAUUACCCUGAAUGACAUCACCUGCUACAUUGCAUCGGGAAAUGGUUCCAUCAUCGACAAUUUGAGGAUCAUUUUGAUGAACUACAUGAGCUCCAACUACGAUGGCUGGAUACUCGUAGAUUUCCCAAGAAACGAAAAAGAGGCCCGCGAGCUCCUGCGCGCUGGACUCGUUCCGACGCAUGUUAUCGAAAUCGAUGGCACUCGGGUUGGAUGUGAUUCGUCGGCAAAGUUUCAUCACCAUCGGGAAAUCAAGGGAAUACGACGGGUUUUCACAAAAAGUUUCUUCAUGGAGACGGUGAACAUGAACGAGCCCAUCGACAAAGUCACCGCGCAGUGCUUGAAUUCAUUUGAUCGGAGAAAUUACUCUCGUGCUCCUACGACCCUCCGUAUACUGUUGAUCGAUUUCGCGAAUGGCGAAACGUUUGAAUGCUUGGGCUCGAGUAUUGCAAAAGAUUUCAACGUUACUUUUAUUGAUUUUAGCCAAAUUUUGGAGCAAACGAGUCUUCAGGAAAACAGUCUGGGGGAUGAGUUACGAAAGCUGAAAUUGGAAACGGAUUCAGAUGGAUUGCCAUCCAGAGUAAAAACGAAAGUGUUCGAGCAUUUUUUACUUCAAUCUGGUGAUUUAGCCGAGGGUUGGUUGCUCACGAACUUUGUCUCCAACGUCGAAGAUUUUAAGAACCUCGAUUUGACCGAUUUUCCACCCAAUAGGAUUAUAAUAGUGGCCAAUGGAGUUACAGACAAUCAGUCGGAUACAACAUUAAUUUCAAAUUCUGCGACGAUUUGCACCUGCGACGACACCAUAAAUCUGCAAAGCCAAAUUAAAGAGUACGCCGGGAAAACGGGCUUCGUCGUCGAGAGCCGGGACGACCCCAAGCUCGUCGAGGAGCAGAUACAAUCCUACCUCGUGCUACCCCCACCCUGCGUCCCUCCAAGGACCCCACGAGCACAACCGGAUAUCGAAUCGGAAGACGCCGAAUUCGAUCCCGACGACCAGCCCGGCGUCGAAGCGCUCCAAUGCCUUCGCCGACCCGAGCCCAUGCUACCUCUUAUUUGA